AUGCGCCAGCGAGCAGAGUCAGAGUCGCAGGCUCCACGACAACAAACUGGCCCCAAUAGCCUCCCUCAAAGCCCGAAUUCAUCUCUCUAUCCGUGGUCGCAACGCCGUGUCAACUUUGCUUCUCCUCAAUCUACGCCAUUCCCGCGAUAUGGUGCUGCGAUCAAUGCUGUCGCUUCGAAGGAGGGCGAUAUCUACAUGAUGGGCGGCUUGAUCGAUGGAUCUACCGUCAAAGGAGAUUUAUGGAUGAUGGAGAGCAGCGGCGGUGGACUAUCGUGUUUCCAAAUUGCAACCGUCUCAGAGGGCCCAGGCCCUCGUGUUGGUCAUGCGAGCUUGCUUGUUGGUAACGCAUUCAUCGUGUUCGGAGGUGAUACCAAAAUCAACGAGAACGAUGCUCUGGAUGACACGUUUCCCCGCCCAUCCGGUCGAUACGGUCACACACUCAAUAUUGUGAAUUCUAGGCUCUACGUCUUCGGGGGUCAAGUGGAAGGCUUCUUCUUCAAUGACUUGGUUGCAUUCGACUUGAAUCAGCUACAGAGCCCUACAAACAAGUGGGAAAAGUUGAUUCAGAAUACCCACGAAGGCGGGCCCCCGGAGGGCCAGAUUCCUCCCGCUCGAACUAAUCACUCGAUUGUCACAUUCAAUGAAAAGCUGUAUCUGUUUGGAGGAACGAACGGUGUCAGGUGGUUCAAUGAUGUUUGGUGCUUUGACCCUCGCGCAAACUCCUGGACCGAAAUCGAUUGUGUCGGUUUCAUUCCUACUCCUCGGGAAGGCCAUGCAGCAGCCUUGGUCAACGAUGUGAUGUACGUGUUUGGAGGUCGCACUGACGAAGGUGUGGAUUUGGGAGACUUGUCCGCUUUUCGCAUCUCGACUCGACGUUGGUACUCGUUCCAGAACAUGGGCCCAGCGCCAUCACCCAGGUCUGGUCACAGCAUGACGGCAUUCGGCAAGCAAAUCAUUGUCCUGGCCGGUGAGCCCAGCUCCGCGCCUAGAGACCCAAAUGAACUUAGCAUGGCGUAUAUUCUUGAUACCUCAAAAAUCCGGUAUCCGAACGAUGCGCAAGCGGGUGAGCGAAGCUCCUCUGCCGCUGGCAGGAAAGUGAGCGUGGAGAAACAAGGUCCUCCUUCUGGGCGCAUGUCCCGCGAGGCUCAUAAUUCUACUCCUGACCAGCAACGCCGGGGCACUCCCUCCCGCGAAUCGCUCGCUCAAGCCAGUGGCAGGCCUGGUGACUAUGGCACCAACCCUAACCUUGGGCCUGGAUCCCGCCUACCUCGCGCGUCAAUUGCUCAAGCGCCUUCUGGGCCUCCUCCGCCUGGUCAAGCACCAUCUCCCGGGCCUCGUGCGAACGGUCCACCAGCUGCAAUGGGCCCUCGUAGCAAGACGCCUCCGACCAAGGUAGAUCCUCGAUUCAACGGAGCCAUUGAUGUUCGAGCUGCAAAUUUCGACCGUGCCGAGUCACCGGUUACAAAGGAUAUUCCUGAUCCCCAGGGGUCUAGUGGCCAACGAACCCCUACCCAGCAACAGCAGAAGAUGACAGCGAAGGCUAUGGAGGCUGGUGAAGGUGCUCCCCUUCGUCAGCGGUCUCUUCGAUCUCACCGCCAGCGCGCUUCCAUGGAGAGUGCGGAAGAGUCCGUACUGGGCCGUCAUGGCCGUGAAGUGAGCAUUGAUAGCUCAAUCGACUCCAGAAGCUUGCGGAACUCGAAGACACUGGGCGAGGAGCCCCGAUCACCACGGCUGACACCCCACCAGGAGGCUCUUAUUAAAGAAUUGGAGGCCGCUAAGGCUCGAAAUGCGUGGUAUGCAUCAGAGUUAGCGCUCGCAAGAAAGGCUGGCUACAUGCCCAAUGCAUCCAGUAGUCCUGCUUUGGAUGAGCGCGUGAGCGAUUCUUUGCCCGACGAAGAUCGUCCGCUGGUCGAGGCCUUCCUUGCCAUGCGAGCAGAGCUCACUAAGAUGCAAGCCACUGUAGACCGACAAGCCGCUAUCGCCUCGAAACGAAUUGCGGAGGUAGAGCACCAGCGCGAUGUUGCUGUCAGCGAGGCAGCAUACUCGCGUGCUAGACUGGCCGCUCACGGAGGUAGUCAAAGAGGUACUCCGCAGCCGGAAGUGAGUCGAGAUUUGGAUGACAGUGAGCGCCCAACAGAUAUUGGGCGACGUCUUGCACUGGCUCUUGCUUCGUCGGCAGAACUGAAGAACAGGCUCGAUCUCCUAUCUACGGAGCUUGCCCAGGAAAGACAAGCCAAGGAGUUGGCCGAAGACACCAAUGAAGCCACUCGGAAGCGCCUGGCGGAGCUGGAGAUCCAAAGCAACUCUCUCGAGGCUGAAAAUAUGCGUGCUGAGCUACAUCGUGCGCAGGCUUCGUUCCGUGAAGAGGCCUUAUUACGAUCGGAGGCGGAGGCCUCUCUGAAGCAGCUUAUUAUUGAUAAGGAAGAGUUACUCACACAAAUUGAGGAAUCAUCUGCUCGUCUGAAGGAUUACAGCACCAACUUUGGUGGACUGAAGGAAGCUGUUGCUGCUUCCGCUGCCAAGACAGCCUUCGUUGAAAAGCAGCUGGCUGAAGAAAGAGAGCGACGGGAAGGCCUUGAGCGAAAGCUCCUGCAGCUGCGCUCCGAGCACGAGGAGCAAAGUACUGAGUUCGAAAACAUCACUCGUCGUCUCCGGGAUGCCGAGGAAUUGGCCGAAACUCACGCGAAGGAAGCUGAGGCACACAAAUUGGCAUUCGUUGCCGGUCUGGAACGUGCAGCUUCUACUGACCUCGACUCCUCGAUCCGGUCUCGUGCGGACCAGCGCGUUGCUGCACUGGAAGCACAGGUCGAAAAAUCAAGCACUUUGGCCAAGGCUAAUCAAGCUGCUGCCGACUCCGCUGCCGAGAAGCUGCGCCGCGCUGAAGAGCGUAUUGCAGGCCUCGAGGCGUAUCAAGAACAGGCUAGCAGGGAGGGCUUGCAGCUGCGCAGACAGCUACAGGCCGCCAUGAAGGAAAGCCAAGCAGCGGCCGCCGAGAGCAGAGAGUUGAAGAUUCAGCUGGAAGCUCAGCAACGCGAAGCUGGUGCUCUGAAUGUUCAACACGCUGCGCUAAAGGAUUUACUUGGCGAACGUGGCAUCAACCCAGACAGCCGACGCUCUCCUCGCCUGGAUUCUCCCGGAUCCCGCUUUGGGACCCCAGAGCAGGGCCGCCUGCGUGAACUAGAGCAGCAGCUGUCUGCUAGCCUCAAAGCGCACGAGGAAAUGAAAUCUACAUUUGAAAGCCGUGAACAAGAAGCCGACCGCGCAUACCGGGAGAAGCUUGAACAGCUUGAAAAUGAUUAUCAAUCUGCGGUCCACUAUGUGAAGGGCACCGAAAAGAUGCUGAAGCGUAUGAAGGAUGAGCUGAGUCGCUACAACGCCGGCAGCAAAUCACCAGACGCCGCCGACUGGGAAGCGGAGCGCUCCCGACUCCAGAGUUCUAUCGCGAACCUAGAACAAACUUCCUCUGCCUCCAUCCAGUCUCUUCAGAGCCAGGUCGAAAAAAUGAAGCAGCAACUCGCCCUUGCCGAGAGCGAGAAGGAGAAGUCACGCGCAGAGCAUGAUCGUACUCAGUCCGAGCUGUUGGCUACCGCAGAACGCACUCGUGCCGAGUUGGAACAACUCAAGCAAGAAAACCAGCUCCUUGAGACUCGUGCCUCCGAUGCAGAGGAGAAGGUUAACAUGCUCCUAGAGCAAGUUCAAUUAUCGGUCGGUCAAAUCCGCCGCCAAAGUCAGCACAUGCAAGGCGCCAAUGGACAUUCCCGCAAUCACAGCGCUGCAUCCAGUGCAACUGCAGGUGGCCGAGCACGAGCCGACAGCAACCUUUCCCAAGAUUCUACCUCUUUUCCCGAUAACCGCGGGUCCAUGGCUUUAGAUUCCCUCGCCAACGAGUUGGAAGCUCUACGAUCCCAGUGGGAAGUUACCAACCGCAGCAACUAUCGCUUGAGCACCCAGCUGGACAUUGAUCGAACGCCGACCAAGGACACCAGCGACGGCCCCGGCAUGAUGAGCGAUAGUCUGAACGAAUGGCGAAGGAGGUUGGACGAGGAAGAGCGGACAGCUUCGAAGCCCAAAAUCUUGUCUUCUGGCAACGACCCUGCUCCCAACGUCAUCUAA